AUGCAAGACCAACUCUUAAGACCAACAGGUGAGACAAAGGACGGGACCGGUUACCCAGAGCUCGACGAUGUUGGCGAGCCUUUCACCUGGGACGAUAUUCCAGACUUCGACCUGGAAAUUCAGCAGCUCGAAACCAGCCUCGAGCUCGCCGGAGAUGAAUCAACGCGUUCUGUACAGUUUAGAAACCUUGGGAGAGUUUAUGCUAACAAACAUACGGUGACUGACGAAAUACUUGAUCUCAACAAAGCCAUCGAAAACUAUCAAGAGGCUCGAAAUCUGGCAUUAAUUAAUAACCGCCCACAGACAGGUGACUUCGUUAGCCUGGCUAUAGCUACUUACCAUAGGUUCCUGCAAAAUGGUGAAAGAUGCGAUAUAGGCAGUUGCAUCCAGUUACUCGAAGAUUCUCUCAAGAGCCCUGGAGCUCAGUAUCUCCCCUCGCUACACCGACAAAAGCUCUUAGCGCAAGCAUAUCAUUCAAGGUGGAAUAUAUCCAGAGAAGACGGUCAAGAUCUCGACCGUUCCACGGUCUUAUUUGAGCAGAUUAUGGAUCUUACAUCUGCAGAUGAUGAUUCUCACACAGACUCGUUAAUGAGACUUGGGGUGCUGUAUGAGAACAAAUUUGACAGGACUGGAAAUCUAGAAGACUUGGAAUACUCCUUGAAGCGAUCUCAAGACGCUCUCACCGUCCUGUCCAGAGGUUCUGACAAGUCUCAAAAGCGUGCAGAAGUACUUCUAAACCUUGGAACUGCCUUUGGGAAAAGAUUCGAUCGCCUGGGCGACUCAGGUGAUCUCGACUGUUCCAUCACCUACUACGCCGACGCCGUGGAGGCUUCUCCAGACAGCACAUCGCCAUUAGAACGUUAUGGCCUCUUGUUGCAUCUAGGGUUAGGGCAUACGAAGAGAUAUCAGAACCUUGAUUCUAGAGAAGAUCUAGACAUUUCAAUUCGAGUUCUGAAGAGUGCCGUGGAUCUCGUCACGGGACAUAGUGGGUUCCAAACAUCCGCCAAUGAGACACUAGGGACGCUGUGCCAAGAAAAGUUUAAUCGAACUCAAGACCUAGCAGACCUUGAUGAAGCAAUUGCCUGGCUGCACAAGGCCGAGGACCCGGUACCACAUGACAAGAAUGUUAGAAUCAGAGUCUCCAGUGGAUUGAUUUUGGCAUUUAGCACCAGGUAUGAGAUAUUGGGAUACACCAAAGAUGUCGAAGAGUCCAUUCGAAGAAUUCCCGAGGCUCUCUUACUUGUCGAGGACCAAAGCAGAGACUCAAAAUCAGACCUUCUUGGAACUAUAGUGGAUUUCUACCUCUCCAAGUAUGCAAGAUCCAAAAUUCAAGAAUAUGUUGAGGCGGCGAUUGAAUAUGGGCUGCAAGCGGUUGAUUUAUUUUCCAAAGACGAUCCGCAGCUGGCAAGAAAUCUCGAGUCCCUUAGCCAUACGUUCCAGAUAAAAUACAGAGAAACCGGGUCAGAGGAGGAUUUCGAAAUGCAAUUGAAAAUACUUCAACAUGCUUUGGAUUUGACUCCGGAUGAUCACCCAAUGCGAGGUAGUCGGCUGUUCUUCCUAGCAGAGAGCUAUCAGCAAAGGUUUCAAAGAGAAGACACAAAACCAGAUCUUGACAUGGCAUUGCGGAUGCUUCCUGGGGCUUUUGAAAACCAACACACGACGCUAUGGAUUCGGAUAUCAGCGGGAAUCUCCCUCGCCUGCUUACUUAUGGAGACUGGGGAUAUCCCGACCGCAUACAGGGUUUCCAUUGAAACGCUUGAUCUAGUUUCUCAACUGACGCCUCGGUCGUUGGAGGUUUCUGAUAUGCAAAUUCUACUAAGAAGAGUCAGUGGCUUGCCUUGCAUUGCUGGGGCCCUCGCUUUGAUGGCAGGUAGAGAGCCAGAUCAAGUAAUUCAACACCUUGAACUCGGGCGAGGCAUUAUAUUGAGCUCCUUGAGUGAUAUGCGGAUUGAGAUGCAUGAUCUACAAGUCAAUUAUCCGGAGCUGGCACAGGAAUUUAUACAGCUUUCAGACCAACUAGACACCAAGCCAGGUCUCUUAACAGGGUUUUCAAACCCACGACAUGAUAUAGGCCGAAAGCUAAACUCGGUGAUUAAUGAGAUCCGAAAACUGCCAGGAUGCGACAGGUUUCUACUUCCUCCAUCAGAGGAUCAGUUGAAGUCCGCAGCAAUCAAUGGUCCCGUGGUCAUCAUCAACGCCAUGUAUCUCCGGACCGAUGCCCUGAUCAUACAGAGAGAUGAAUUUAUCUCACUAGAGCUGCCAGUCUUAUAUAGCGACAUCAAGAAAUUCGCUACAAAUCCAGAAAUUGACCGGCAAACACUAGAAUGGCUCUGGGAUGGGAUUGCUAGCCCAAUAUUAGAGAGUUUGGGCUAUUCUGAUAUACCUACAGGUUCUACCUGGCCCCGUAUCUGUUGGAUUCUCACAGGGCCUCUGUCAACCCUGCCUAUGCACGCGGCAGGCCACCAUUAUCCCGGCUCAACCAACACUGUGAUUGAUCGCGUGAUCUCUAGCUACAGCUCUUCCGUCAGAGCUCUCAUUCAAAGCCGGCAGAACACUGCAAGACUGCUGGCUUCUCGAAAGUUGGGAAAGGCUGUUUUAGUCGAGGUUAAGGAGCUCUAUCAUGCACCAGAAGAAAUCAACGAGCUUGAAAAGUUAUGUGCUAGGAUGGGUUUGGAAAUAGAGAGGCUGAAGCCAUACCGAGAAGAGGUCCUCUUAGCCUUGCCCGAGUGUGAGAUAUUCCACUUUGCAGGUCAUGGUGCGUCACACCAACUUGAUCCAUCCCAGAGCUCAUUAAAAAUGCAAGAUGGGCCAGUAACUGUUCAAGACUUGUUCAAUAUGAAGCUUUACCAGAGAGCUCCGUUUCUUGCAUAUCUCUCAGCAUGCAGUACAGGCUAUACAGAAGAUGAAAGGCUGGUUGAUGAGGGACUGCAUCUGAUAAGUGCGUGUCAUCUAGCGGGCUUUCGACAUAUUAUCGGAACUCUGCGCAGGGUCAAUGAUCAGUUCUGCGUUGAAGUAGCGAAGAUGACUUAUAAGUGGAUCGAGGAGCACAACUUGAGGGAUGAGUCGGUCGGUGAGGGACUUCACCAUGCUAUCAGGAAACUCCGAGAUCAGUGGAUGAUCGAUGGUUCAGAUUCAGAGCGAGCCCAACGUGAUUUGGGCGGAGGAGAAUCCCAUGAUGGUCAAGCCAACCGGGAGAUGAAUUGUGCUUCGAGGGAGGGCAGAGAUAUUGUUGGCUGUGAGGAAGGACCAAUUCAUUGGGCCCCGUUUGUCUACUUUGGGGUUUAA